UGCGUCAUACGUACGAUAAAUAUUUCGAAAUGAAUAUUACUGUUAGCGACAUAGUCACCGCUCCGCGUGAUACAACUACGGCUAUAAUUGCUCGACCGUCGCCGCGUUGGUAAUGCCAAAGUAGGAGAGCGCACAUUUGCCAUGGCGUCUGCUGCAGAACAACAACAGACUACCCUGGAAUUUUACCAGGCAAUGGCUGACUUCAAAAACAUGUUUCCACAGAUGGAUGAUGACGUUAUCGAGGCUGUGUUACGUUCGAACCAGGGUGCGGUUGACACGACCAUCGAUCAGCUACUGGCAAUGAGCACGGACAAUGAGAACGAAAAGAUCAGGAGUGAGAUUGAGCAGAGCGAAGAUUCGUCUGAAGAUAAUCAGGCUAAAAUCGAGCCUUGCAAGUCAUUGAAGAGUAUUCACAAGUGGCAGCCCCCCUUGCUAGGUCCGUUGCCAGACACAUUUCUGAGGCUUCCCAGACAGUGGAGCGAGAACUGCGAGGCCCCAGAGUCUGGAAUCGCGUUAGAGGGUUCCACGAUGGAGGACGAACGUAUUGCAAUUUUUCUUCAGAACGAAGAAUUCAUGGCAGAACUGAGGUGGAAUGAAGAUUUCCUUUCUACCUUGGCUAGCGAUACUAAAUUAGACGAAUGUGAGAAGUCUGCUGGCACAGUAAACCACGACGAUGAGGAUUUAUUCAAAGAAAGAUUAAGAAAUAUGGGUAAAGUUUCACGUCGUAAAUUUGCCCAGCUCACCAAGGUGUUCACACGGAGUAAGAAACGUGGUGGAAGACAGCUGCUACCGCCCACGCCGUCGUGUGACGACCUUUUAGAAUCUGAGGAGAUAUCCAGAUCUCGAAACUAGGAUUUCACUCGCUCUCCAGUCCUUGCUCGAAAGGAACUGAGUUAUAAUCUCUAAUCCACACCGUUGCCCUGGCCAGAUUAAAUAAAAUUCAGGCUAAAAAUAUAUGUGAUGUAGAAAAAAAGUAGCCAUGUUGCUGAUUAUCAAGUAAAGCAAAGAUUCUAGUCAUGCAAGUAGGAGAAAAGACUGGACAUCAUCCUAAGAAUCAGAGGAAGCAAAUAUAACAAUGCAGGUAAAUAGAAGCCCCAACAAGCUAUAUUAAAAUAAUAACCCAAAAUAUACUUAUAUUGUCGCUAUAAUUACAACAAACUUCAUAAUUAUUGAGGUGAAGAGACAUUGUCGAAAAUAGUCAAUUCCCUCCAUACACCUUAAAGAAGUGGUAACUCUCACACGUAAUUAAAUCAGAGAUAUUUAGUCGUCAAUUUUCAUUGUCUGAAAUCAAAUGAAAAUUUACCUCCCAAAGGGCACUUUCCGAAUUGCGCAAAAUUAUCCAAGAAUCUAAUUUAAUACCUAUUUAAUUCAUAAAACGAAUUACUUCUGGCUAGUCUCACAGCAGAAGCUAAGAACCCUGAACAAUUAACUUUCAAUUGGUGCAUCAAGAUAAAGCGCAACCAUUCUCAUUUCAAUAUGAGUACGUGUACUUAUCAGCAAACUGUUCAAUAUUAGAAUUGUAAGAGCAACGUGAUCUCUUCUGUUCGGCGUAUCUAGUCAUCUAUCUGUCUACCAGUCGUUUAAUGUAAUAUACUACUGAUAAUACUGUUACUUUAGUAUAGUUUAUACUUAAGAAAAAAUCUAGUACAGACUUUGAAAUUCGUCAGACAUACCAAUAAAAAAAUUUCGCGGCAGAAAUUUAAGGCACACUUAUGGAAAACCUGAUACCCACAGUGUGAUAGUUCGAAACCAAGGUGAGAUGACACAUUUAAAGUACAAACUGAAACUAGUAUCAGUA